AUGGUGGCCGACAAUUUGAAAAAUAACAUCACUCAAUUCGGAUCAAGUAUUGGAACUCACAUUAAAGAUGGCUAUAAAUAUACUGGGAAUGAAUUAACGCAUUUGUCUUACAACAUCAAGGAUACUGUUACUUUCCAUAAACGAGACUAUGAUAAAGACGAUGAACUACUUCAAGUGUACAAGCAUGAUAUUAAACAAGCAAUUUCGGGAUUGAAAUAUAUUGUGUCACAAACUCACCAUUUGGCAAAGAGCUUUUUACCCCAUGUCCUAUCUACAAACAUAAAGAUUGUCAAGAAUUUUAUUUCUUUAAUUGGUCCUAACUCCUUGUAUUUUAAGGAUAUUAAUAAAUAUUUCGAAGCUUUUGAUGAAUGGCAAGCGACUCAAGAAAUCCCCCAUAUUCAUCCGAAGGAAAUGCAAUUUUUGAAUGAUACCAUUAAUGAAGAGUUGUAUAAUUAUUUAAUAACAGUUGAAAACUUAAAAAUAGAAUUGGAAUCAGAAUGGGAAGUUCAUGAUGAAUCUACAAAGUUAAGAAUUGGCGAAAUGGUCAAAUACUUGAAGAAAUCAUUGAAAUUACUUCUGAAGAGGGAAAGACAUAGAACUGACCAGGACCACUUACAUCGUAAAAUUGAAAAAAUAAAUCAAAAAACCACCCCAUUGGAUGAGAAAGAACAAAGAAAACUUGACAAGUUACAAGAAGAGUCUGAGCAAGAGGAUGAUAAAUUUGAUAAAUUAAACAAAAAAUGCCUUGACUUGUUACCAAAUGUGGUAGCUCUCUUGGAUGAGUUUGUUGAACUGGUCACCAUUUUAUUUUUACAUCAGCAAAUCGAUUUAUAUCAGACUUUACUGAAGUCAUUUGAUCAUUUUGCUGUAUUUUAUGGUAUGUUAAAAACGGAGGAUAUUUCAUAUCAACAGAUUAUAGAUCAAUGGGAGGCAAACAGCACCACAACUCGAUUGCAAAUUGAAUCAUUCAUCACAAUUAUCCACAACAAAAACCCAGAGUUACUUGACCAAGAAAUCGAUGAUGAAGAUAAACUGCUGAAGUAUUACAAAUUCUGGCGCAAUAUGAACAACAAGGUUAUUGAGAAAAGACACCCGAUUAAACCAAAGAAUGCGCAAAGUGGGAUUUUUAAUGAUACUUUGGAGAUAGAUCCUAUAGUGGCAUUCAAGGAAUACAAUGAUCCUACGGCAAAUGUUUCUGAAACUUAUCAUCCACACAAAAUGGUUUCUCGAGAGAUUCCAAAUCCAGUUGUACAUCCUGGCACACCUCCAUCAUUACCACCAAGAUCAAAUAUUUCACAAAUACCUGUGAUGAAACCAGCACCUCCAAUUGCCACGCCUAUGUAUUCAAUUGAUACAGAUAGUUCCUUGGAUUCCCUUUCCCUUGACGAUUAUGAAGUGGAAGAUGAAUCAUCAGAUUCUUCUGCUGCUACUUCGAUAACCGAAAGCGCUAUAUCAAGCUUUACUUCAUAUUCAAACCAUGAAACAUCAGAUGCAAAAUUGAGGAAAUUGUACAAUGGAUGCAAGAAUGACAUUAAAGUGACUCCUAUUACAAGUAAAGAUUUAGGAUUGGGUUUUGCCCAAGUACCAGUGAACCAGCCUAUGAGUUUGAGUUAUAAAUUGGACAUGAUGCAAAGCUUUUUUAACAAAUUGGAUAUUCAUAAUGGUGAAAAGAUUAUCAAAAUUGCUAAUCAUGAUUUUUCUGGUUUAGAACCAGGUGAUUUGUCGUUCAAACAGGGUGACAAGAUUGAGGUGCUUUUAGAUUUCCAGAAUAUUGAUACAUUAUAUAAUUCAGAUGGUGCUAACUGGGUUGUUGGGUUAUCAAGAGUUGAUGAAAACAAUUAUAGAGUAGGGUUCGUACCCAAUAAUUAUAUCGAAUAG